AUGGAGGCAAAGGAACUCGUUGAUCGAAUGCCAAUGAAAGCUGGUCCAAGCAUAUGGGAAGCCUUGCUAGUUGCUUGCCAAACACGUAAGAACUUCGAACUUGGGAAGAUUGCAGCCAAGGAACUGUUUGUGUUGGAGCCAAAGAACAAUGGGAAUUAUGUUCUGCUUUCAAACAUGUAUGCUGAAGUUGGGAGGUGGGAAGAGGUGAACAAUUUGAGAACUCUUUUGAAGAAUCAAGGUGUGAAGAAGAACCCUGGAUGUAGUUGGAUUGAGAUCAAUGGAAAAGCCCAUCAAUUUUUUGGCGGAGAAACAAGUCACACACACAGUGAAGAGGAGAAAGAACAAUGCCUCAGUACACAUAGUGAGAAUCUGGCCAUUGCUUUUGGGCUUCUUAACACUAGCCCUGGAACAAUUCUUUGA